AUGCCGGGGAGUGAUUUCGACAGGUGGGGUAUUCCGGUGAGCAGGAGUCUUCUAUUGUUAUGGCUUGUUAUGUGGGAAACAGAUUCCGGAAAGGGUUAUGGUGGCUUGGACCACCACUUGCAGAAUUGCAUAUUCUCCGGUUAUGGGAAUUUACCUAUGUGUUUCUAUGGUUCCCCUGAAUGUUUUUUAGUACAAGUAGCUACUGGGUUUGCUAUGACUUUUUAUUAUCGUCCGACCGUUACUGAGGCUUUUGCUUCUGUUCAAUACAUAAUGACUGAAGCCAACUUUGGUUGGUUAAUCCGAUCAGUUCAUCGAUGGUCGGCAAGUAUGAUGGUCCUAAUGAUGAUCCUGCAUGUAUUUCGUGUGUAUCUCACCGGCGGAUUUAAAAAACCUCGCGAAUUGACUUGGGUUACAGGUGUGGUUCUGGCUGUAUUAACCGCAUCUUUUGGCGUAACUGGUUAUUCCUUACCUUGGGACCAAGUUGGUUAUUGGGCAGUGAAAAUAGUAACAGGUGUCCCUGACGCUAUUCCUGUAAUAGGAUCACCCUUGGUCGAAUUAUUGCGCGGAAGCGCUAGUGUGGGACAAUCUACUUUGACCCGUUUUUAUAGUUUACACACUUUUGUAUUGCCGCUUCUUACUGCCGUAUUUAUGUUAAUGCACUUUCCAAUGAUACGUAAACAAGGUAUUUCUGGGCCUUUAUAGAGAAAAGAAAAAUAGAUCCUAAAUAUUUGUAAUCAAUCAUUUAUCACUUGGUGGAGGAAUAUAUAGUAUUUCAUUGCUACAAGUAUGGAUUAUUGAAAAUAAUAAGACAUGGAUUUGGAUAUUUCCCUUUAACUAUUCAUGUCAACUAAACGGGGGGAUUGAAGGGAAUUUUGUGAAGAGAAAAUGGAUUAUGGGAGU